AUGAUUAUUCCACGUUGGAAGUUACCAAAGGUUGCUGGCUCCACAUGCAAACAGACCCGUUCAUCUUCCACAUCAUCCUCAUCACACAGAUACGUAUGGACACAUUCUUCAAUCAUAUCUUUCCUUGCUGUGGUCAUCAUGUUUAGUCUUUUGUGUGUCCAACAAGUCGAUAACACCUCCUCUUCAUCUUCCUCUUGUACAAUAUUCUCAGCAGUACAUGCUUCAACCAUUAAAUCUUUCCAACCUCCGCAAUAUACAGUGUCCACAGUUAUUAGAGGACACGGAAUGGAUGGUUACAAUGCUUUGACAGCUGGUGUCGGUUUAGUGAGCUCUGUGCUCACACUCAAUUAUCAAGGCAAUUAUCAUGCGGUAUUCACAGACAGCACCACAGGUCGAGUUCGAAGACUUAAUCUUGGACUCGCAACUCCUCAGAUCUCAACCGUAGCAGGAACAGGUUUAGGUGUUUUGAAAGGCGAACUUGCUCCACUUGUAUCUCCACGGCCUGGAUACAGAUCUAACGACACAUGGUUGCAAUCACCAAAAGGAGCAUCUUAUGACUCGAAAACUGAUGUAAUGGUUGUGGUUGAUUCAUCUCUUCAUAAAGUCUUUCAGGUGAAUAUCACGACAGGUGUCUUGACGACUUUGGUAGGAACUGGUAAUACAACUUUUAAUGAUAACAAUUUUAUUGGAAAUGAAGUGAAUCUCAAUGCUCCACUCUCAGUAGCACUUUCAAAAACAAGAAAUGAAAUGUUCAUUGCAGAUACUGGAAAUCACAGAAUAUUGAAAUACAUGUUCAGUACUGGAGAAACCACAACUGUGGGUGGAAAUGGUACUGCAGGUUUCGCAGGAGAUGGCAACAAUAUGGUGUUUGCUCUUUUCAAUUCUCCAUCAUUCAUAUUACCAACCUCAUCAGGUGUUACGUUCGUCUCAGACACGAAGAAUCAUCGAGUGAGAAGAAUUACUGCCAGUGGAACCAUUACAACCAUUGCAGGAAGUGCUCAACGUGGCUAUUGUGGUGAUGGAGGAUUGGCAACAUUCGCUUGCUUGAACACCCCUCUUGGACUUGGUCUCUCCCCUGAUGGAUCUGCUUUAAUGAUCGCUGACUCGUUGAAUCAUGUCAUUCGACAAGUGAAUCUGACCUCUGGAGUGAUUACAACUGUGGCUGGAAAUUCCACUCAAGGAUUUUGUGGUGACGAAGGAAAUGCCUUAAAAGCCUGUUUCAACACACCCUCAGGAGUGGAUUAUGCAGGAAACGACCUGAUCAUUGCCGAUCAAAACAACAAACGUCUUCGUAAAGUCUCCUACAUGACUGGACAGCCAAUCCUUUCCACUGUUGCAGGUUGGGGAAGUGAAAUUCCUUCUGCACAAGUCGAAACUCCAAGUUGGUCCUCAAAUUUGUUAUAUCCUGUGAGUGUGAGUGCAAGCAAUGAUGCGCUCGUGGUUGCAGAAUAUUAUGCGAAUCGUAUUCGAAAAGUUUCAAAAUCCAAUGGAAUGGUCUCUUCGAUUGCAGGUACGCUCGGCGAAGCUGGUUUCAGUGGUGAGGAUAGUGAUGCUAAACUUGCUUUACUCAAUCAUCCUUCGAGUGUAGCCGUAACCAUGGAUGGAUCUGUACUGGUGGCAGAUACCAACAACACUCGUGUGAGAAUGAUUGAUUCUAAUGGAAUGAUCAAAACUGUGGUUGGAAAUGUGACUUCUGACGGAGAUGGUGCUUCUGCCAUUCGUGCCUAUUUAUCCCUUCCCUUAAAAGUGGUUUACCAUGCCGCAACUGAUGAACUGUAUCUGACAGAUUCCAUGCAUCAUCGAAUUCGAAAAAUCGAUUCCACUGGCAUGAUUCAAACAGUAGCUGGAACUGGUGUUCAGGGAUAUAAUGGAGACCAACUCAAUGCAACAUCGACACAACUCGUUGUUCCAUUUUCGAUAGCUUUAACUCCUGAACGAGAAAUAUACAUUGCUGAUACAGGAAAUUUUCGAAUUCGAAAAGUAUUUUUGAAUGGAACUACAAGCAUCAUUGCAGGAGGAGGAGUCAGCACCUCUGAAGGUGCUAAAGCAACUUCAACCUUUAUUUCAGUAGUGUAUGACAUUGCAUAUGACAGCAAGACUCAAACUUUGUAUUAUACGGAUGGCAAUAAGCAUGGUGUCAGAAAGAUUGAUCAAAAUGGACUUGUAUGGACAGUAGCUGGAAACGGUCAAAUUGGAAAUUCUGGUGAUGGAGGAAGUGCCUUAUUGGCUUCUUUCAAUAACCCACUUUCUAUUGCAUUGUCCAAUUCUGGUGAGUUGUAUAUCGUAGACGGAGGUGCACGAGUCGUGCGAAAAGUUCUCACCAACGGCACUGUUGUAAGAGUGGCUGGCGGUGGCUCUCAAGCGGUUGGUCGUAAUCCAGUCCUUGCCCUUAAUGCCUCUCUUGACAACCCUACCCGCAUCCUUCUCGCAUCGAACGGUGAAUUUUACAUUGGCGAUCAAUGCAAUGUCAAGAAAGUGGAUACCAAUGGAUACAUUUCCAUCGUGGUAGGUACCUCUUCAGACUGUGUGUACAAUGGAGAUGGACCAGUAUCGGAAAGAACUCUUUCGAGUGUGAAUGGACUUUCCUUUUCUCGGUCUGAGGAUGAACUCUUUCUUUCGGAUGGAGCUGAUGGCCGUAUUCGAAAAAUUUCAAAUGGAUCGAUGAGUACAGUGGCUGGAGGAAUUGGAGAUACAGGUCUCGCUGUGAAUGCCAAGACUUCUCCGUUGCAUGUGUUUGCUUCAUCGAAGGAUCGUUCGUUUUAUAUUACAGAUGUAUUGGAAUCAUCAGUUCGAAAAGUUUCCGUGGAUGGCACGAUUGUAACCGUUCCUGGAACCAGUCAAGUCUUUCUACUUCCCAAUGCUUCAACCAAAGGAGAAUCUCGUUUGUAUCCUACUCAGACAUUUGUGAAUGAGGUCACUGGAGAUUUGUACAUGACCUUUAAAUAUCGACAUGUCAUUAAGAAAGUGACACGUUCUGGAGUGUCCUCGAUUAUUGCUGGACAGUUGGACACUCCUGGAUCGGAAGGUGAUGGAUCUCUAGCCAUUCGUGCGCUCCUUAAUCAACCCACUGCGAUCAUUGUCUCUCCAAAGGGAAAUAUCUAUUUUUCAGAUGCUGCAAAUCAUCGAGUAAGAAAAAUUGACACGAAUGGAAUCAUUACUACCGUUGCAGGUGUAUCCAUGAGUGGAGGAUUCAACGGUGAUGGGUUACUGGGAUUGCAAUCUCUCUUGGACACCCCGAAUGGUCUCUUUUUAUCUCAAGAGAGUGGUGAAUUAUUAGUAUGUGACUCCAACAAUCAUCGUGUUCGUAAAUUGAGUCCUUUCUGUUCAUCGCCAUACACGUGGAGCCCAUCUUUUGAGAGUUGUCUACAAUGUCAAGAUGGAUGGAUUGGUAUCGAUUGUAACAUUCCUUUUUGUCCUACCUCUGUUCAACAAUCCAAUACAACUAAUUCACCAUUAGGAUGUACCAAUGAUUACCAAGUCAUUUCAGAAGUCAAGACAGAAGUGGUCCAAAAUUUAACCUUAAUUAAUUCCAAGAAUGUGACUUUUACCAAUUUCACCUCUGUGAAAGUUUCCUUACCUCCAACCAUGUUGAAAGAAUUAGUGUCGUUAGGUCUUAAUGAAACUUCCCAAGUGACCUUAUUGACCUCUCUCUAUGAACCAUCCAAGAAUGAGAGUACCAAAAACAGUAAUUCUGUGGAAGCACCAGUCGUGAGUGCAGUUCUUACUGUGUCCUUGUAUGACUCUCGUGGACAAACCAUUCCUAUUCGAAAUUUGGAAAAUCCCAUCUUGUUGCAUUUUGAAGAUAUUCGUUUCAUACUUCAAGAAAGGAAUUCACUCAAUGUGAGUUGUGUGUAUUUUGAUGAUUCAUCAAAUUCUUGGAAAAACGAUGGAGUGGAAUCUGUACUGAAUUCAGUGGUGCAACAAGAAAACAAUGUCACUCUCUCCAUAACUUGUAAAACCUAUCACCUGACUUCUUUUGCAGUCAUUGAUAAGAACUUUAAGAAGGCAACCACUCAGACCGAGGAACCCAAGUUUAGUCUCUCCCAAGAAGCAUUGAUUGGAAUUAUUGUGGGAUCCGUUGGAGGAUGUUUGGUACUGUCAGCAGUUUGUUUAAUUGUCGUCGUGGUGAUUGCUCUGUACAUGCGUACUCGAAAUCGAAAAUAG